GCGCGUGCAUCGCUCGGCGCAUGCCAAAGUCAAAGUUUUACAUAUUAGGCAUAAGGAACUAUCGAAUUGAAGUUGAAAACUUAUUCAACUAAAAUACAUAAUCAGCAUCAAGGAGUUAUCAAUAUUAGUUAUAAGUAGUCGAAGCCACUUUGCGCAUUGCCCACAGCUGCAUGCGGCAAAGUCUGGCUUCUGGCACUCGCUAAAUUCUGGCCACACCGCGCAUGUGACCCAGUUAAGCGGAUUUUCUGGCAGCAGACGAGGCGACCAGAGACGACCAGAGCGACGUGGACGAAGCGCUAAGCAAGGAUUUUUAAUUUGCCUGGCAUUUUUAAUAUAGCCUUGGCAACAUGCGCCCCCAGCCUGGAUUGAUCAGUCUCCUGCUCAUCUCUAUGCUCUUCGGUCUGCCGGGCUCCCUCGAGCUAGAGCUGGAAAUGGUCGAAACGGAAACGGAGAGGGAACGAGUAAGGGGAAGAGAGGAGGAUGCUGUGGCGAUAUCCAAAUCUUUGUCGAUAUUAAAGAGCGACACAAUAAAUGACAACACAUUUCAUAGAAGUCAAUCAAAGAGAGCCGCGACAUUGGCAAAGUCGCAGCCAUUAAUUUCAGCGACAACACAAAUUACAAAACCAAAUGACGAGCAAAUAGCAAGAACGACAACGGCAACAGCAACAGCAAUACACAGAAAUGUUAGCAGCUCGUUGAGUGCAGUUGCAGCUCCUUUGGAAAGCCACAGCAACAUUAAUAACAUUAGCAACAAUGGCGUUCAGCGGCGAUGGACAACUGUGUCCACAAUGCCGGCUUCCGCACCAGGAGUGACGGCAGCACUGCAAGCAAAUCUUAUUAUGAGCAAUAGAAACGUGGAGCAGCAAAAAUUGGACGAGCACGAGUACAAAAUUACGCAGAGCAACAACAAUGCAUUGUUCGUAGCAAGCAGCAGCAGUAGCAGCAACAUGUUUAGCAACAAUUCGACGGCAACAACAUUUGCUGCUCCAGCAACAGUAGCAGAGGAGACAACAACAGCAACACCAAUUACAACAACAUCAACAGCAGCAACGACAACAACACGUCGACCAGCACCGAGAACAACAUUGAAGCCACCGCCAACAAUAGAUGAUUACCAAACAAUAAUUAGCCAAGCGGGAACCCACGCCUAUCUGCCCUGCAAUGUUAAACAACUGGUAAAGAAGCCCAUUUCGUGGCUCCGUAUGAGAGAUGGUCACAUUCUCACCGUGGAUCAGACCACUUUCAUUGCGGAUCAGCGUUUUCAGUCGGUCUUCUCGCCCAAUCCCGAACGCUGGUCGCUGCAGAUCAAAUAUGUGCAGCUUAAGGACGAAGGAACCUAUGAGUGUCAAGUCUCCACGGAGCCCAAAGCCAGUGCAAUAGUUCAUCUCCGAAUUGUGGAACCUAAAACCGAGUUAAUCGGGGAGUCGACGCGCCACGUAAAGGCCGGAAGUCAAGUGAAACUGCGCUGCAUAAUUAGCCAGGCACUGGAGCCGCCACUUUUCAUUAAUUGGUUUUACAAUCAGAAGCAAAUCUAUUUGCAUAAUCGUCGUGGUUGGCGUACGGAAAUUGAGCGCAUCGAUCUGCCAACGGAAGCGCCAACGACAUCAACGGCAGCGACAACGUCAACGUCAACAACAGCAACAACAACAUCAACAACAACAGCAACGUCUAUAACGAGUACAACGCCGGCUGCGACGCCAGCAGAGGCGCUAAAUGAUAUAGCGGCCAUAACACGUUCGUAUAUUCUAGAUGCCAUUGCAGUGGGUGAUGGCAUAGCGAUGGCCGGAUACGGUUACGUGUUGCCAACGUCUGGCACGCCUAUAUACUCAGCAGCCACAAUGUCAACGGCAGCAAAUGCAGGUGCUGCAGUUGCAACAUCAGGCAUUGUCACAGCUCAAGUGGCGGCAGCAUCAGCAGCAAUUGCUGCUGACACGUCGGCAAUAUUGACGUUGCCGCCAACAGGAACAACUGCAGCAACAACACUACCGGUAGCAUCCACCGUAACUACAAAAGCAACAACAGCCUCUGCAGCAACAUCUACAACAACAACAACAACAACAGAAGAAGAAGCAACGCCAAGCCCAAAAACAACAACAAUGCUGCCAAGCAGCAGUUUCAUUAAACAGAUAACGACGGCUUCGCUCAUCAUACCCGCCGUGGUGAAGCUGGAUUCCGGCAACUAUACGUGCAGUCCUUCGAACAGCGCCCCGCGCACCAUCGUCCUGCACGUGCUAAAUGGUGAAUACUCUGCGUCGGCUAUUAAAUCGGCCAGUGUCAGCUGGAAUACGCUAAUUGGAUGUCCUGGCUAUUUACGUUGGCCGAAUGUCUCAACGAUUUUGACACUUUUGUGGAUUAUUAAAUUUGUGCUCGCUUGGAAUGUGACAAUUUGCUGCAAUCGUGGCCGAAACAAAGUCAACAAUCGCCCAUCACUGGAGGAGGCAGCGGCGACACAAACAACAAUAACACGAACAACAACAAGGAUAACUGGCAGGACAACGGCAUGCGACAACGUCAGCCGCAGGCUCAGCACACAGACGCAGACCAAAAGCAAGAGCCAUGGCCAGAGCCAGAGCCAGAGCCAGACGACAACCCGCAGGCAACGGCGUUUCGGACUCGACUGCGGUUGUGGUGGCUGCUGCUGCGGCGGUGACUGUGGCCACGUCAGCAGCUCAAUUAGUGGCACCAAAGUGGCCGAGGACAAAACUUGAGUAGCACUCUUACCAAUCUCAAUACCAGCACAAAAGCACACCAGCACACCAGUGGGACAACAACAAGGAUUCACAAUUGAAAUGUGAGCGGUUGAGUUUAGACCAUGCUUAGGGUCUUAAACCCAUUCAGAUGCAUGUUCGCAUUUUCGAAUAUAUCCAGAAGCACGAAUACAUUUAUGAUCUCCUCAAAUGCCAUAAUACUUUAUAAUAAUACUAUAGUCAUUGCUUAUAGAUACAGCAAUUGUAUGUGUAUACACAUUGUGAACAAUAAUCAAAUCGUUAAGCAUUUUUUGUAACGAAAUUGAAGUUAGUUUUUAUUUAAUUUGGUUAUUUCAGAGUUGUGUAAAUAAUCAUUCAUUUGAAACUGUACAUUCAUUUAAAAAAAAAAACCUUAAGAGUAUGCACAUAAGUUAAUGGUUGUAUAAUUUAAAUAAUAAGUCCAAUUACCAAGAACAAUGCAAAAUGGUUCACUAUAAAUAAAAUUUUUUAUAACAAAAAUCAUAAAGACAUUAUAUAACAAGAUCUAAAUCAAAUAGAAAAAGCAAGCAAGCGAAAUUAAAGAGUUUACAGUAAAUUUUAAAUGAUCAUACGCGUACACUCGUAAGUAACACAAAACCCAAAACCCAAUGUGCAACAAAUGAUUUAUUUGUUUGAAAGUUUAGCAAACUAAUAACCAACCUCAACUAACAAAAGAGGUGCAACACAAAAUAUUUCACAUUUUUAUUGAAAUUAUUAAUACUAAAUGCGGGUUAGAAGACUAUUUUAAAAGAAAAACAUACAGGUUAUAUUGAUUUGAAGUGAAUAUAUUAUUUUAAUUUUUUAAAUAUUGAAUGUUGA